CCGAGCUCAGGCAGCCAGCAGCUUUGAAAAUAGGGACCUGCCACGUUUAUCACCUCGGCAGGAUUUUCCCUUCUCAUCCUAACCGACCGCGGAGAACCUACCCGAGGAAUACUGGUGGUUAUUCAAACAAAGAAACGUACCUAACAUUUCACCGAACCGUCUCAACGGAAAGGUCUGGACAGUCCUGGGUCAUGGAUAGGAGUCGUUGAGCAGUGCAGGCUCCCUCUCUCACAGAUCUCAGGCAGAGUGUGUGAGCGCCAAUCAGGACCAGGUGGGUCAGUGAGUCCGUCUUUGUGAGAAGAGCCUUUCCUACCAGCAGACAUGGAGCAUCAUUUCCACAUGACAACAUUGUGAGUAAGGCGCAGCCCUGUCGCGCCCACAGCGCCCCCUCUCGGCCCGGGCGGCCCCCCAUGGCCCCCCGGUCUCCUCCAUGAAAGGCCACCACGCCAGCCUGUCCCAGCAGUCCUCUGGAGGGGGGCACCCACACCCCCCGUCGGGACCAUGCCAGUGCACGGCCGACGACACUGACCCUGGCCCUGUUCGGGAGUACCACCGCUACCCCUCUGAACACUACGACGGAGUGGGGCAGCCCUACUACCCCCCUGGAGGUCCCCCUGAGCCUUUAGCAGCGGAGCACCGCUCGCACCCCUCCCAUGCCCACUCCGGGGGGGGCACCUUCCCGCGGUCACAUCCCAGCCUGCACCCACCCCAGCCAUCCUGUGAGGAGUGCCUGUCCGCGGCAGGGGGGCAUGGGGGUAAGAUGCACCGCAUCCCCCCCAACCUCCUGGACCAGUUUGAGAAGCAGCAUCCCUUCCACCCGGAUGGCUUCCAUACGCUGCAGUACCAGAGGACGCCCAGCGGGGCGGAGCAGCGCAGCGAGAGCCCCUCCCGCAUCCGCCACCUUGUCCACUCUGUCCAGAGACUCUUCGCCAAGUCCCACUCCCUGGAGGCGCCGUCCAAGAGGGAGUUCAGCGCUACACGCGGAGGGGGGGAGUUUCGGGAGAGAGGGGGGCACCGGAGCGGCGGGGAGGAGGGAGGAGGGCACCACAGCUCCGGGCACCAGUCACGCUCAGCCAGGCGCAGCAAGUCUCGCGAACGCUCCAAGAGCGGGGACGGGCGCCACGAGUCCUCCAUCCGGCGCCACCGCAGCCGUACAGCAGGGUGGUGGAGCUCCGACGACAACCUGGACAGUGAUAGCAGCUUCCUGGUGACCGGGGGCAACUCAGGGAGAGGGGCGUUCCCUGCGGGACACGACAGUCUGGACGCUGCCAUCCAGGAGCUGGCCGUGAACAAGUUGCCCAAGCAGGGCAGCCUUCCGUCCGGGCUCGGGCAGGGUGAGUGCAUGGCCUGUACCACUCUGGCCCUGACGGGGGCAGACGGGGGAGGAGGCGCAGGGCACCAUGGAGGCGCAGGGCACCACUCUCUCAAGAGGAGCACAUGGUCGGCCAUGACAGUCAGCCAGGCCAGGGAGGUGUAUCCGUCAUCUGUCAGGGGAGGAGGGGGAGGUUUCGACAAGGCCAUGGUACCACUGGAGAGCAAGCUGAAGGAGAGAACGUUCCACUACCUACAGGUGCCAUCAGAUGGGGUUGAGUGGGGCAGCCCUGACAGCGGAGGUGAGAUCCCUUGCCGACGAAUGCGUAGCGGCAGCUACAUGAAGGCCAUGGGGGACGAUGACAGCCAAGACUCAGAUGCCAGCCCUAAAACCUCCCCUAAAACCACCAUCUUGGCCCAGAGAGAGGCCUUCAGACGUUCUGUCAGUAUGGACCAGAGAUCUUCCAGCACCAAGUACUCGUGUAAGCAGUGUGUAGAUGGAACCUCCUACGCUAACAGCCGAACUACACCCAAGACUCACGCACGUUCUCGCAGCUACACACGUUCUCUGACCAGCUCACAGCUGGGUGACAGUCUGAACCGUCAGUUUGAGGCAGUGUGUGAGACCAUGUUUGGUCAGACGGAGAGCCAGGCUGUGGAAGCCCUGGAUCUGCCUGGUUGCUUCCGUACCCGUUCCCAUAGUUACGUCCGUGCCAUCCAGGCUGGCUGUUCUCAAGAUGACGACUGCCUGUCAGUCUUCUCCAUGUCAACACCCCAAGGCACCAAAGGGGCAUCCGUCUUCCCACACCGUAAAGGCGGCCCUCCUCCACUACCUCCCCGUAUGUCAAAGCCUAUGAUCAGUGUUCGGACUCAAAGCAGUACUGAGUCUAACCAGGAAGCAUACUUCCAGAACACGGGCCAGCCAGCCCUGGGUUGGUCCAGGCAGCACCACAGCAACUCUGUUGACCUGGGGAUAACGGACGUGGUGGUGUCUGGUCGGACCUCCAGGGGAGGAGGGGUCUACUACACAGGGACUGGCCCAGGACCAGGCCGCUCUCGGCAGUACUCCAACUCAGCCGAGAGCCUGGAUGGUGGCCCCAGAGGAGGCCGGGAGCUGGUGCUGUAUGGAGGCAGGGGACAGGGGACUGCCAGGGUCAAGCACAGCGGCUCAGCUGAUAGUCUUCUGGAGGGGCCCAGGGGGAGGGAUGUGGGGAGGGCAGGGAGUUUGGGCAAGUCAGUCUCCCUCCCACAGAACAGCAUUGUGCUGAGUAAGAUGGGAGGAGGAAGAGGAGGCGGGGAAAGUAAGGCUGAGGGUCGGGCCAAAGCCUGGAGGCCUUCCAUCGCAGUCCAGGUGGACAGCUCGGAGACGCUGUCUGACUCAGAUGCAGAGGGUAAGGCUCUGAGAGAAGUCCACUCUAUCGGGGUGCAGGUGGAGGAGGACAAAAGACGGGCCAGGCUCAGGCGCUCCAACAGCGUGACCGCCAGCGUCCAGGCAGACUUGGACCCAGAGGGGGGCUUUCCUGGCCUUAGCAUCGCCGUUCCCACCCAGGAUAAGAGCCUUCAGUUCGGGUCGUCUUUCCAGAGGCACUCCUCAGAGCCAGAGCCAUCUGACCAGUAUGCAGAGUACAACCGAACGGUCCACACUCAGGGCCAGUGGGCCUACAGGGAGGACUACAUCCAGAGUGGUUACACAACAGACUCCUGCACUGAUGACCAGCACCCCCGCCAGAUCCCUCUACUGCCCCCGCGCGCCCACUCUCCCCUGCCCCCUGCCGCUGACCGGGGAGGCUGGGUAGGGACACCCCAGCCCUCACUGGAGGGGGGACUUCGGAGUCUCCCGGAUUCUGGACGAGCCUCGCCCUGUCCCAGAGACGGAGAGUUCUUCCUACGCCUGCUUCAGACAGAAGUGGAGAGGAUGGAGGGAUGGUGUCAGAACAUGGAGAGAGAAGCAGAGGAGAAUGAGCUUCCAGAGGAAGUUCUGGAGCUGAUCCGUAACGCGGUGGGAAGUGCCCAGAUGCUCAUGUCACAGAAAGUUCAGCAGUUCUUCCGCCUUUGCCAGCAAAGCGUGGACCCUUUGGCCUACCCCCAGCCCUCUUCUCAGGACCUGGCUGGGCUCUGGGACCUUCUGCAGCUGAACAUGGAGGAUGUAAGGGUCAGGUUCCAGGACCUCCAGAGGCUUAAGGACUCUGGCUGGAGGCUUCCCCCAGACAAGAAGGAUGACAAAAAGCUGCCUCCCCCAUUACCAAAGAAGCCAGCAGGGGGCGUGAGCAGCAGUCUCCGUUCCGACAGCGUGAGUGACGCCUCGGUGGAACGAGGAGGGGGAGGUGUCCUGAUGGUGCCACGUAUCGGGGGGGUGGGGAGGGCCGUGCCCAUCCGGGAGAAGUCCUUGGACCUGGGGGACAGACAGAGGACUGAGGUCCGUAAGAGGCUACUUCAAACCAAGAGGUCAGCUUCCUUCAGACAGAACUCGGCCACAGAGAGUGCGGAAAGCAUCGAGAUCUACAUCCCAGAGGCUCAGACCCGACUUUGAACAAAGCCCACUCUGACCCACCUCCUGGGACCAUCUAAACUUGAUGAUUCAGCCCGUAUUGACAGAAAGAUUGCCGUAGAGUCUUGAGCUUUACAGUACUUCCACCAACUUCAGACUCAGCUAUAAAAAGUGGGACCAUUUACAUGUGAAAAGAACCCCUUUAUCUUACAUGUGAAAAGAACCCCUUAGAUGUGGAGUCUUCGAAGUGGAACAUGUAGUUAUAGACCCUAACCAUACAGUAGUCCCACAAUCCAAUCUCCAAUGAUAAGCGUCUCUAAACACAGAUUCUGAUCGGUGUCUUUCUGGAUGUUCUGGGUCCCGUCAUUGUCUUAUUACUGGACAAGACAGGUGAUGACAUCAGCCGUUUUGUGUCUUGGCGCUUUGAAUCCCCAGUUAACAAAUAGAACAAUCUGGAGUCAAGAGGGUGGCUACCCAAUCACAGUUACAUAUGGUGGCUCCACUGGCAUUUCUUUAAAACUGUGGAGACAAACGGGUUUGUUUUCAUUUUGUGGAUAGAGCUAUGAAGUGAGAAUAAACUCACUCUUGUUUAUAACAGUGACAGUCACUGAAAGAUGUAGUCACACAGUAGUAGCAUGUCUGUGCGUGCCUGUUCACCUAUAGCUUAGUCUAGUCUGGCGUAGUGUAGCCUAACCUAGCCAAUUUUAGCCUAAUCCAGCUUGGCCUGGUCUAGCCUAGCCUAGCGUAAAACAAAACUUUCUAGUUUAUCUAACCUAGCUUAGCCUAGCCUGGCGUUGCGUAGCCUAACUAAGCCAAUUUUAGCCUAAUCUAGCCUGGCCUGGGCUAGCCUUGUGUAACCCACCCUUCUUGAGCCUAUCUAAUUUAGCCUAGUUUACCCUCUAAUUUCACAGGAUUUAAGGGCUUCACUUUCACAAACCUCAACCACUCCUGUGAGGAUAGAGCAGAGGAUUACUCAAAAUGGACGGUCAACAUCAGCCAAGGCUCUUAGGGUAUUCUGAAUCUCUACUUGGUUACCCUCAGAGGUCAACUUCUACCCUACAAAAAACAGGUAUCUGGAUGGGUGGAGAAUGUUGGGAUGUGGUUUCAUGGUUCUAUGGACUUCCCUUUUUGCGGUAGUUGGGUACGUUCCGUGAAGGCUGUGUAAUACACACUCUCUAAAUGUCCCUCUAUGGGUGACAUUCAACCAAGAUGCCUCCUACGUCACCUGUGAAUAUGUAUCUACUCUGGCUCUCUAUCCUAAUGCUACACCACACCCACGAACGUUACUUCUGCUCACUUACACUAAGUCCUUUAGCAGAUGCUCCUUUCCAGAGCAACUUACGUACCUUUAAAUAUGUUUUCAUACUGGUUACCCGUGGGAAUAAAAACCACAACCCUGGCGUUGCCUGGCAUAGCGCCACACUGACACACAGACCUCUACUAACUGAGUUAGCCCGUAAUAUCCCACAAACAAACUAAACAUUCUGACACUAAUGGAUUCUGUUUGGUCCUAGCAAUGGAUGUUUUGUGUCAGAGUCAGAAUACAUGAACAUGUGGACCCAGAUUUUGAUGACUUUGUUUAACACAACACCUCUCAUUCUGACAUCACCUAAAUGACUGCAGUGGAAGAAGUCUCAGGCUGAAAAGUGCAGCGGGAAGAUUCGCUUUUUAUUCGUCCGGCAAAUAUUCUCUCUCCUAACUCUGUCCUCUUUCCCUGAGCAUCGAUUCAUCCAUCCACAAGCUGUCUAAGUCGGACUGGGCUGUUUGAAGGAAUGAGUGUGUCUGUGUAUGUCUGGGUCUUUUUGUACAUAGUGUGCACUGCACUGUUUGCCAGGGGGAAGCUUUGAAGUGUAGCAUGGCAUACUUGACAGCCGGAGAACAACGCAAACAAAAUCCUGAAGCUAUUGGCUUUUUAGAUGUUCCCUCUCAAGUAAAAGUGUUUGGCGGUGGGUGGUUGGGUGGGAAGGUACGUGAUGAUUUCUUCUGGGUGGGUUCAGAUUGAGUUAGUUGAGUUCUGCUGCGUAUGGAUUGGAUAUUUCACAAUAGGGCCAUAUUGUUCACUGUGAGACAAUGCUGUCCCCUGGUGGCAAAAUCAGGUGUCACAGGAGUAUCUGACUGCUUUUGUGAAAGGGCCCAACACAGAACCAUCUUGCACAAGUAUUUUUAAAAACAGUAUUUUUGUUUAGACAACUUGUGAAACCUCUUAGCAUGUAGGGAUGUCAUUCUGUGUAGUGUUUAUUCUUUGUGUUUCGUGUUGAGCCUAUGUGUUCGGUGUUUAUUCUCUAGCCCAGUGUUUCCCAAUCCUGGUCCUGGGGACCCCAAUGGGUACACAUUUUAGUUUUUGCCCUAGCACUCACACACCUGCACCCCAGGACCAGGAUUGGGAAACACGGCUCUGCUCUCAUCGCCCUUUUCUGGCGUAUGGUGCUAGUUUAACAAAGUUAGAUGAAAUGUAAAUCAGUGUCUGCAAGAUCAUGCAAUGUGAUCAGUGUUCUGGGCUACAUAACAGCACUCAUUAUAAUAGCUGAAUGAGGUUACUCAAUGUGGACAAAACUCAACAAAGGCCGUCACAAUAAAUACUAGACAAAUUAGGCUGGUGGGCUAAUCAAACCCUCUGCUCUGAAUAUUAGUUCAAAAAAACACUGAAGGCCAUUCAGUUCUGUUGUGCUGAGUAUAAUAUGAUAGUUAUGGGGGUUAACAGACAUUGAUUUAGCUUGAGUUUGUGUCUACAAAAUAAACACCUGCACAGAACCUGAUCUUUACAUACACAGGACGCUGUGGCUCCCUAGGUCUGGCAAACUAAAGAUCCUGAAAGACGGAACCACAGCCAAUGCCAAAUGAUAUUUAUUCAAGUUCACAACAAAAACAAGGACAUACUAAUUUAGCCAAAAUAAAUGUUUAAUGAUUGGAGCUAAUGGAGCUAACAGUUCAACAUGCUAAUCCUAAUGAAGCUAGUUGAGCAAUAAGCUAAUCAUUAUGGAGCAAACAGACCUACAUGCAAUAUUUUUUUAUUAAACCUUUAUUUCAACACGGAACACAGACUAGACCAAGGUCUCUUUUACAGCUGGGCCCUGCAUAUACAUGUUUCCACAUGCAGUUUAGGUUAAAUGAUUAAGAACAAACAGGAAAAAAACGUAUUGUACAGACAAAACAAGACACAGAGAACAGACAAAACAAGACUCUCACAGACAACACAAGACAAAGUACAUUGCUUUAAACAUCCUAAUGGAGAUAACAGAACAACAUGCUAAUCACAAUGGAGCUAAUAGAACAACAUGCUAAUCAUAAUGGAGCUAAAAGAACAACAUGCUAAUCCUAAUGGAGUUAACAGAACAACAUGCUAAUCUUAAUGGAGAUAACAGAACAACAUGCUAAUCUUAAUGGAGCUAACAGAACAACAUGCUAAUCUUAAUGGAGCUAACAGAACAACAUGCUAAUCUUAAUGGAGUAAACAGAACAAAAUGCUAAUCUUAAUGGAGCUAACAGAACAACAUGCUAAUCCUAAUGGAGCUAACAGAACAACAUGCUAAUCUUAAUGGAGCUAACAGAACAAAAUGCCAAGGCCCCAGAGAACAAGCACGCCUGCUUCCUGAACCCUCCUCCCUGCUCCAGAACAUCUUCAGGGUGUGCGGAAGACAAUCUCCAAAUCACACCCUUCCAACUGAGAGGUGGAUGAUCUUUGUUCUCCCUUUUAUCUUUCCUUCAUCUUUGUUGAUCCCUGUCUACUCCUUCCUCUUCCUCUCUCUCUCCGUUUCAGGAACCUUGAUGUGUUUACCCUGUAGUGAAGUUUACUCUUGUUUGAGUAAAACCGUUGAGUAGGAAGACGCGUCAUCAGCGUAGUGCAGAGCCAGUCACUCCGUCUCCAUGUUGCAGUGGUCCGUUUAGUCCAUUUAAUAGGCCGAUAAUUCCUGAUGACGCAGUUCUAGUCGUUUUCACGUGACCACUGUUUAAUUAGGAGGAUCGGCCAGUGACCAUCAAGGUCACCAGGAUCAGUCAAUGAAAUUGGAGGUUCCACCAAGGUGAUUAAAAUGGUAGACACCUUCAACGCCACCGCUAGAAGACGUUUUCCCCGGGUUGCAUCCUCUGACCGUCCUCUGACCAUACUCUGACCAUCCUGUAACCAUCCUGUGACCAUCCUGUGACCAUCCUCUGAAUGUCCUCUGACGGUCUUCUGACCAUCCUGUGACCAUCCAUUGACCAUCCUCUGAAUAUCCUCUGACUGUCCUCUAGCCGUCCUCUGACCAUCCUCUGAAUGUCCUCUGACCAUCCUCUGACCAUCCUCUGAAUGUCCUCUGACCGUCCUUUAACCGUCCUCUGACCAUCCUCUGAAUGUCCUCUGACCGUCCUUUAACCGUCCUCUGAACAUCCUCUGAAUGUCCUCUAACUGUCCUCUGACCAUCCUCUGAAUGUCCUCUAACCGUCCUGUGAUCAUCCUCUGAUAGUCCUCUAACUGUCCUGUGACCAUUCUGUUACCAUCCUCUGAAUGUCCUCUGACAGUCCUCUGACUGUCCUGUGACUGUCCUCUGAUUGUCUUCUAACCGUCCUUUGACCAUCCUCUGAUUGUCUUCUACCCGUCCUUUAACGAUCCUCUGAUUGUCUUCUAACCGUCCUUUGACCAUCCUCUGAUUGUCUUCUAACCAUCCUUUAACCAUCCUCUGAUUGUCUUCUAACCGUCCUGUGACCAUCCUCUGAUUGUCUUCUAACCGUCCUGUGACCAUCCUCUGAUUGUCUUCUACCCGUCCUUUAACCAUCCUCUGAUUGUCUUCUAACCGUCCUUUGACCAUCCUCUGAUUGUCUUCUAACCGUCCUGUGACCAUCCUCUGAUUGUCUUCUAACCGUCCUGUGACCAUCUGUAUGGCUAAAGCAGUUUUUUAGCCCUUUUUUUCCCUUUGCAAGCGAGGGAUGGAUUGAGAAGGUUGAAACAGAGGGCUGAUGGGAUACAUUGCAGAUGGCUGGGACCUGUUCUUCAGGACACAUUGUUAAGCUGCAGUAACAGAGGAAUUAAUUAGGAGUUUGCUGCCCUAGAAUAGAGAGAGAGACAGUGUGUGUGUGUGUGUGUGUGUAUAGGUGUGUGUGUCCAUAUGUCCAUGUUUUCUCUCCUAGGUGGCUAGCAGAUUGCAUUUUGGAUGAGGGCCGGCAGAUUUGGGCUCACUACAAUUGCAGUGGUUGAAAAUGACACUAAGGGGCCCUUUGAAAACAUUCAAGCAACAGGAGCAUACUUUUUUAUGUUCCUAUAAGCCAUGUGUGUGGAUAAAAUUCGGUAAUGUUAAAAGGCUGAUGGUGAUUUUUGUUUCGAUUGACUUACCGAGGCCCAACAAUUCUCUUACCGUAACCGGGCUUUCCUAUUUGUGAUAUCUCAAAUGAAAUAAGUUGAAUAUUUUAAUGGGAGAUGUAUAUUUUAUAAUGGUAUUUACCUACAUUUCUAGAUUAGUAGAGAUUAUUUGUAAAGAAAAUACAGUAUUAUAAACUCAAGUAUUGUGUAAUAUUACUGCGAUACUGCAUAUCCAGAGCUAGUUUUUCAAAUGUGGUGAAUCAAUACGUAGGAGGGGUUUGGUCCAAUUCACAGAGGAUACUUGGCAACUGCCUUUUCAAUUAUCCUCUUUAUUUCAAUAGUCCAACCUCUGUAUCUCUCUUUAACUCUCUGUUUGUUGCUCUUUCUCUUUUAGUCUCUGUAGCUCUCUGUCUCUCUCAAUUAGUCUCUAUCUCUGUCUAUCUUUAACUCUCUGUAAAUCUCUCUUCAAGUCUCUAUCCCUAACUCCAUGUGCCUAACCAGCAAAAUGUGAGGAUUUCUUGUACCAUACUAAAGGUUCCUAAGUAUACAAUAUGUAAAUAGUCUGUAAAGAAGUGUUACAAAGAAGUAACUGGUUCAGAGAUCUCACCGUCUGUUAGAGUCUAGGAUGAAUUCAUGAUGACAUGAUGACUUUCUGUCUCUAUCAAUCUUUCAAUUCAAGAUGCACUCUGGUGUUUUUGUAGAAUCUCACCCAGCAGUUACGACACAGUGCUCAUGAGCCAAAACGGGUCCCAGCGGUUUUGUCUACUUUAUCCUCCAUUCGCGCACUAAAUCACUUGUUGUAUGAUAUGUUACGGCCAGAAUAAAAUGUGUGUAUAUAUAUAAUGGGAUUAUAUAUAUAAAAUCCCAUUUGCAUAUCAUACGAAUUUGAUGUACUCAAGAUCCCGGAAUGCUCCUUUAACCACAAAUAAUUGUGCAGACCGAUAUCAGGGAUUCUUCUGUUAUGGAUAAAAAUCAGACAUCAGUUCUUGACUUACCAGUGGGUCCCUUCCAAAGCACCAUUUGCCCACCAUUUAUCACUUGGGAAUGUUUUUUUUUUUCUAUGUAUUUGUUCUCACUGACCUUAUGUGUUGGGUUGGGGAUUUAGUAAAAACUCCUCCUUUAACCCUCCAAACAGCUGAACAAGCACAAAUGCAUCACUUCUCCCUCUUUCACUGUGAAAUUGACUAUUCUCCCAGCCUGAUCAUCAUCCCUAAUGUUCAAAAUAUUUAUUUCAAACCUCGGGAACUUUCAAAACUAAUUUGCAGAUAUUUCCUCUGUGUGGAUUACCCAGAGACCUGACGUGGCAGCACUGUACCAGGAGGGUACUGGGACUACCAUGGAGGAAUACAGCCUUGGUUAUUUGUUAUUUGGUGUCUGGACACACAAAAACAGGAACUACGUUUCUCUGUAUUUUUCUUUCAUCCGUGUGGGGUUCUCCAGGAAGUGCCCGGUAGUAUCAUAGUGAAACCUUGCCUUUGAAUAGGUCAUUUUAAAACAUGUGCUCUGCCAAUGGAUGCCAUAUUGCCAUAGACUGUGGAAUUUAGAAGAUGUUUGAUGGGCUGUGCAAACUCUUCUUCAGUUACUCUGUUUAUUUGAUAUGGACCUUCCUUUGUUCAAGUGGACUUUCCCAACGUGUCUGGGUUCUACGUACAUUUAGGACGGACAGGAGGACAGUUUCACAGAAUUCUAUAUUUUCUACAAUUGUGUGGUAAUCUCACAGGCUAUCAAACGGACGAUCAGACUUACAGUACCUCAGUUUCCAGCAGUGUCGACUCUUGACCCUGGCACUGGUCCCGUGUCCUCAACCCUUGACCCUGGCGCUGGUCCCGUGUCCUCAACCCUUAACCCGGUCGCUGGUCCCGUGUCCUCAACCCUUGACCCUGGCGCUGGUCUCGUGUCCUCAACCCUUGACCCUGGCGCUGGUCUCGUGUCCUCAACCCUUGACCCUGGCGCUGGUCUCGUGUCCUCAGGGGUUUAUGGAAACAAAGGAUCUUGGAAUAAGACAGCAGCAUUUUCAAUGAGGAACGAGUGCCAAGAACAUUUUCCAGACUUGUAGAAUAAACAGACAGUUGAAGUGACCUGUUCCUUCCUGUUGGACUGAGGUCACCACAUAGACACCUGGUCACCUAGCCUCUAACUGGAACUGUUACACAACAUACAUGACACACAGACGGACAAGAUUGAUGGACAAGACAGACAAGAGACAGACUAACAGACAGUGAAACUACUGGAGGAGGUUAUUGUGUCCUAGUAGCACAGAAGAGCUUGUAGUGUGUGUGUUUGGGCGUGUGUGUGUGACCACACUGUGAUAUCACCUCUAUAUGGCUCAUUGACAUAAAUGCAAUGGAUCAGAACCGACUGAGUAAUUACCAUGUAAUUACUAACCCCCUCCCAGCACGUCCCCCCCCUGUAAAUACCAACGGUUAAAUGUGAACACUAAACCUCUUAUUAUUAGUAUUUCUAUUAGUAUGGUUAUUAUGAAAUUACUACAGAUUCUUAUUAUCACUGUCAUUCUUAUUAACAAUGUCUGUUAUGUCCACUAGACCUCUGGCCAUUAUAUUAUUACACUAUAUUCAAGGAUGAGAUAAACUGCUGUAUAAGUAUAUUUCUAUACAUAUAUUUAUAUAUAUAUGUAUACAUAUAUGUGUGUGUAGAAGAUUGUCUUAUUGCUGCAGAUAUGAACCAGUAUUAGAGCACAACAAAAGUCAGUUUUCCACUCCUCCUCUCCUCUCCUCACUCCCCCUCCUCCCCUACCCCCCCAUCCUCUCCCU